CUUCAUGGAACAGAAGAAGCCAGAACAACGGAAUGAGGAAACUGAGAAGAUUAUUCCAAGUAAAUUAAGCGAUAUCGAGGAGCUAGAAGAGAAGUCUUUACUAGCUAGGAAAGUGGCAUCAGUGCCAAUUUUGUUACUCUUUGGGACUUAUAACUUGUUUCAGGUUAAUAAGUACUGGAAGACUUACCCAAAUAUUUGGUGGAUUAAGUACCUCUAUGUUCUCCCAGCUAGUUUCUUCGUUAUUGGAACGUAUCAGAUGAAAAAUAGUCUGAAUAUUUUACAAGAGGUGAAGAAUAAAUAAGUUAGAGCUUGAGAAGCAAAAGGAAAUUGAUCUCAAAAAUAAAAUUCUUGGCAAAGGGCUUGCCACAAAUGAAGACCAAGCUGAAGAGCUAGCUAAUAAGAUAAUAGAUUCCAAGAAGAAUCCGAGCCAGAGAGGCAGAAUGUUCUAAGCAUUUGACGAAUAUAAUCC